CCUAUUGUCCACUUGUUCAUCAGGCCGAGUAUAGCUUACUUUUUAAUCAGGAAAUGAGAAAAGUGCAUUUUGACCGUCCGGGAGUUGUAGAAAGUAGGUUAAAGCGCUGGUCGUGCGAAAUCCGCUUUAAGUCAGUGUGACGUCACCUGCUCCACCGUGGCCGGCAUGUAAACAUUGCUCAGCGAACACAUUGCUUUGAACACACAAUAACGCCAAGUUAUUCAACCUACUUAUUCAAUACUUUGCUAUUCAGCACAGUGAGAUACCCGAGGUGCAAUACAAUGUAGAGCAAUUAUGGCCUGAACCCGGAAAAGCUGUGUUCUACGAUACAUGUUGAGUUGUUUGCUCUGCUUUGCAAUGGGAUAUUCCAGUUGCCUGCUAUAGGACUAAUAGGUGAUGAGAAAGGAUACAGCAGCUACGGUGAUGAUGAGGCAGUCAGUUUUAAUACUCUAAAGCAGAACGAGAAUUAGUACUGGCGUGGGUUAUUCUGGGACCAGUUCCAGUGAUCGACAAGAUACGAAUGUUAUGAUACUAUGCUAGGCCGCCAUGGAUGAUGGAGUAACAGCACCCACGGUGAUGAGAUGAGAGAGGCAAAGACGAUCACAAAGUGAGAAGAAAAUUACGUAAUACACUGCUCGAACGAAUAAGACGGUCGUACCACUUUCUACAAAAUGACCCAAUUACCGGAUUAUCAAUUGACUACAAUUUUUCUGGUGCUGAUAUUAUUUUGCCAACUACUUAAGGGGCAACUGGGUCCAGGUGCUGACGAGUAUCGCUCUAGACGAACUUUGAGCUCGAAGAGAGCUUUUCUUGAUGGGGACUAUAUCAUUGGCGGAAUCUUUCCUGUGCAUACUGGGAGGAAUGAAAAUAACACUGCCUGCACAGAAUUCAAUCCAAAAGGUAUGUCAUGGGUUCUGGCGAUGAUUUAUGCCGUUGAAGAGAUCAACAAAAAUGGUACAUUCUUCCCCGGUGUGAAGUUAGGCUACGAUAUUAGGGAUGGGUGUAAUCAGGUUGACCGUGCAAUAGAAGCGAGUCUUGACUUCUCGCUUGGCCCAAGCCAUCCUUCCCUCACAUCCACCGGUUACAUCCUUCCAGAUGGACUAAAUGGCGGACGCUACACCAGUUCCUCCUCUAAACCUUGUUGUGAUGCUGAAGUUGCCACGCACGAUAAUUUCAGAACGUUUGGCUGUCCUUGUAAAUUUUUGACGAGGUCAAAGGUGGUUGGCGUGGUCGGAUCCGCCAGUUCCAGAAUCUCCAUGGCAGUGGCGACAGUUUUCGGCUCGAUGAGCAUACCACAGAUUAGCUACUCGUCUACCAGUAGACUUCUGAGUGAUAAGACCAAAUAUAGGUCGUUUCUUAGGACUAUCCCCUCCGAUGUUCUUCAAGUGCAGGCUCUGGCUGAUAUUGUCGCCAGUUUUAACUGGCAGUAUAUAUCCACUGUGGCCAGUGAUGAUAUCUAUGGAAAAAUUGGUAUUGAGUCUCUCAAGCAGGAAAUAAAAAACAGGGGCAUAUGUAUAGCGGUGAGCAGUGUGUUUUCCAAGUCUUCCAAAGACGCCACCCUCCAGGACAUGGAAAGAAUAAUCCGCAGAUUAAAGAACACAGACGCCGGGAGGAAAGCCAAAGUCAUCGUCCUCUUCUGUUCUAACCAUGAAGCGGUGUCUUUCCUUGAGGAGGCUGAACGACAAGGCCUGACUGGAAAAACGUGGAUUGCAUCCGAGAGUUGGGGUGAUGAGGCAGCAGUAUUGAAUAUCGACCAUAAUGUUGUUCUUGGGACCAUUGGGUUGCUACCGGAGAGCGGAAACACUGAUGGAUAUAACCAGUACAUCCAUAACUUGUCUCUGAAUGAACUCAUCCGCAAGCAUCCAUGGAUCGACGAAAUCAUGAUGACUGACUAUAAUUGUUCCUUAAACGGCUACGAUCCGAGCAACAACCGAGUUGAACGGGAAGCAAAUAUUGACUCAUCGGUGGUUCUGGCACUGAACGCGACAGGUAUCCCUACAACCGACCCAACGCCACCUCGUCUGCCGAGUGAGUUUGUCCGAUGCUCCCAUUUAUUAGACUACAACCUAAACCCAGCUUCUGCCACCAAUAAAAAUGGAACGUUCCUGCCGCUUGGGAAGACACCUUACGUCAUCGAUGCUGUUACUGCUCUCGCUCUCGCUUUGAACCCCGUGAUCUGCCCGAACGGCGUAUGCCGAAAGAAUUUGACCAUCAAUGAAUAUGACUUUUUGCGGUCAGUCAGAAAUGUGAAAUUUCAAGGACUCCAAGGUCAGAUGAAGUUUGAUGAAAAUGGCGAUCCUUCUGGAAGUUAUCGUCUCAACAACAUCCAACGAACACGAGACGGGAAGUCACUCAUGUAUGUUGAUGUCGGUGGUUGGGAUGGCAGACGAAAAGAGAGAUUAAUACUCAACCGAGAAAAAAUUGUAUGGAGCGACGGCUCCAACAACAUCCCAGUGUCCGUGUGUAGCCUUCCUUGCAGACCGGGAAAUCGGGCUAUCUAUGGUUCCACGAAGUGUUGCUGGACAUGCGUCACCUGCGAAAGAGGUGAGAUCAGCAACGUAUCCAACUCUGGUGUUUGCAUGGACUGCCCUCUCGGCGAGACCAAUAACUCCGACCACACCGAGUGUGUGGAGAUGCCUCUCGAGUUCCUCCGCUGGGAUGACGUGGCGGCCAUCUUUGCCAUGGUGCUCUCCUUCCUGUUCUUCCUGAUCACACUAUUCGUUCUCGCAGUAUUCAUCAAAUAUCGUGACACCCCUGUCGUCAAGGGAUCAAACAGAAACUUGAGUUAUGUAUUAUUGACUGCCAUUGCCUUGUGCUACGUGCUGCCGUUCUUGUAUAUCGGGAUUCCAACUGACCUUUCUUGCGCAGUUCAGCCGGUGUAUUUUGGGUUUGUUUUUACCUUGUGUGUUGCAAUUAUGUUAACGAAGACGCAACGACUGCUGACUGUGUUCUACGCAAGGUUCAGUGCGUUGGUGCGCUCACGGAGUUCAAGAUUCAAACACGAGCACAAGCAGGCAGCGUUCGUGACAGGGUUGACGCUGAUUGCCCUCAUUAUUGGGGUGACCUGUUCCCUGAUCUUGACCCCCGAGGCGGUGAGAGAUUACUCUUUCCCUGACAUCGUCGUCAUAAGAUGCGGAUCUGACUGGUUCGCUGUGCAGCUUAUCUCAAUGUCCUACGUGGCAUUUCUCUCGAUAGUCUGUUCGUUUUUAGCUUUCAAGGCGAGGAAACUCCCUGAAAACUUCAACGAGGCCAAACAUUUAAGCUUCUCCAUGUUUAUGUUAUGUUUAGUCUGGAUCGUAUGUCUUCCGGCGUAUUUCGGGUCUCACGGAAAAUCACGAACGUCAAUUAUGUGCUUCGCGGCAAUUUUCGCGGCUCUCUUCAUUUUAGGCUUCAUGUUCUUUCCGAAGAUUCGAAUCAUCCUUUUCCAAGCUGAGAAAAAUGACCCGAACUAUGUCCGAGAACAGACGAUUCAGCAUACAAUGGGCACUGACGUAGGAACAAACAUAGGCGGCGAUUCUCGAAAGGUUUCCAAUGCGUCAACCAUGCGGGUCAACCAGAUGAGCGCAGGGACGCCGAGGCCCAGCCCUAAACCAUCUCCGCGUGGCCGGGAAUUGGCCUUCGAAGGCAGCCGAGAGCGGGCGGAUUCUGCUGAGCCACGGAUGCAAACUAAAUACAGCCAGGGGUCUCCCAAGUUGGAUCCACUGGACUGUGCCUCAAGGCCUCGGCGGAAUUCUGAUGGUUCGGCUAAAUCUGCCGUUUCCACGUGUUCGAGUGUGACAAAUCUUUGUGUUGUGCAUGGUAAAGAAGAGAAACAGAAUACUAAAGCUGUUGAAGCAGUGGUGUGUACUAAACUCUGACAUGUUUGACAAUACAAACCUUAAUAUUUUAUCGAACGGAAGAGGAAUGCAACUUUGAUUAUUGUCUAGAAACCUGCUUUGAACGGCUUAAUGCAGGCAUGACAGAGGUGUUGGGAUGAUUGCUCCUAACUAAGUACAUGAACGAUAACGACGUAGAUCAUACUAUUUAACUAUAAUCUCAGGUAAAAUGGAUGAACUCUUUCCUGGUCAAAGAUUCUGCGGAAACUCACUAAUAGUCACAAGAAUAAGUCCAAGACGUCCCUUGACCAAAUCCAGGAUGACGACAGCAAAAGACGAUAUACCGUACGUCAAAUUCGUGGAAGCGUGAUACUUUGCGGACGGCCAGUGACUCAUCAGGCCUAUGAGCAAUAGUCAGUUGACAGGGAUGGCCUAUAUCUGCAUCCGUGUCGAGUGGUACAGUGAUGCUGGGCUAAAUCGAGUGGACGACUAAACUAAAUUCUACAUAACAUUGAAACCCCUUCUGAACAAGAGGUAUGUGGCAGAUAUGAUUCGAAGUGCUAUCAACGUGUCUAUCUACUACUGAAUAACUAUCUACGGACGAUGUAGCCGGCCAUUACCCAAGGCUUGACUAUAUGUAGAUACCGCCAUUUUUGAACUUGAAAUCCUCCUCAGAACUCUUUCAAAACAAAGCAAAUGCCAAUUUCAAGGGUGGGAGUCAGUUUUUCCUUUUCUAGAUAACUGACUCCCACCCUUGUCAUUCUCUAUUAGAACCUCACGCGUCUCGAACUGUAGGUCUAACUUUGGGUGUACGCUUUUGAUACCAUGACCAUAAUUUACAUUUAAAUGAACAGCUGGCUUUUUAUAGGCCCCAGAUCCCGUCUGGGGACUAUAUUGUUAUUACUGGAAUUCUCGAAGCUGUUAUUUUCUUCCACGAAAUUAAGACAUUUAUUGCGGUAGUCCAGCAAAACGGCUAAAUAAACCAGAAAUCAAUCACCCUUACACCACCAAACCCAAUUCCAUCUAUGGACUAUCGCAAAAGUAUUUUAAAAAUCCUGAGUAUUUCGAUACUUUUGAAGCAUUUUUUUGCUCAGAUAUGAUACCGUCUUCUCCCAACAUGCCGAAGCCGCGAUUCAAUCUGACAUGCGCUGUGACAUGCGCAGAGGUGAGACGCUGAUACAUUAGCAUAAGCUCCGCCCCGUCAUAAUGACGUCAUUAUUCUCACUCUCAGGAGUUGGUCGAGCGAUGGGACGGAGGUAUUAUAAAGAAACCUAAUUCGAUUCAUGGACUAUCGCAAAACGAUUUUUCGAAACUCAGAAUAUGUCGAUGCUUUAGAUGCGUUUUUAUGACUCCAGCUCCUCCCUCUGGGAGCUGAAGUCAGUAUUGUUUUCGCUCAGGUGUCUCGUACAAUCAAUCACGUGACCUCUCCAACACUCGAUAAUGCACUCUUUUCGUCCACGUUUUAGGCCAAUCUUCGGCAUGAACAUGAAAUCUAAUAAGCGAAGUACUUAAAUCAGAUGUUUCUCUCGCCUUGAAAACAUUCCUGGGUAAAAGCCAUUGAGAUUAGCCGAGUUAAUCUACUUUUUCCGUGCUUAAAAUCUCUGCCGCUGAAUUCUAUAAAUAGAAACUAUUAACAUCGCGGCAGUGUGGUUCCCAUUGUGCGCCCUCCCACUUCACACCAUGUCAGUAAGUUUUGCGGAGAGGGAGGGCGUGCGGUAAGAAGAAUUGCCAAAAUGACGUGACGUUUUCCUGGCAAUGCCUCUUGCGAGACCAGUCAAGCAUUGGGAAAGCAUCUUUAAUUCAGACAACGUUUGAACUAGAAAAACGAAUAUGUUAAUUUGCAAAAGUAAAAGCAGAUUUCACCACUAACCAGUCAAAUCGGAAUACGACGGCGCAAAAUGUUCUCGCUUUUUCUGGCUUUCCUCCUCGCUUUCCUCCUUUGACUACAGUCGAGUUUGUUACUCGGUUUCUACUCGGUUGACAUGACGACUACCUGGGGACUAUCAAAUUUGCUGCCAGCAAAUUUCGGAAUUCUAGUUACUGCAUGUUUGUUCUUCUUCUGGUUCAUCAGUAAAUUACUUUUCUGACCUGUACCUAAAUGUAUCGGAUUCGCGUCUUGCAUAACAUCAAGUUAUCCUUAAACAUGUUUAAAUUGAUGAUCUUGAAAAAAGUCACCAUGCAUAAUGUUGUUCUAGUCGAGAAUGCGAGUUCAAUGUCGUCGAUAUGUGCAUUUUAAGUUCUGUUAAUGGUUACACGGACAUCCGUGGCUUCUAGCUUUAGUUCAUCGUAGUUAUGUUCUCUUUUGAAAAGCCAAGCAAUUAUUUUCACUAUCAUUAUCAUAUUACCGGAUAUUUAAUAAAUACGAUGUAAAUUUUAUGUCGUGUUUGUUCUACUGAUCAAGAUCGCUGUAGCCCAUAUUUUGAUCCUAUUCAUGCUGGUUUGACCAUCGUCCUGAGUUCACGAGGCGUAUAGAGUUAGCCGAACCCGUCCAGCUGACCUUUCCGAAUAUCGCACCAAAUUGGCGACACGCGGACUCGAUAUAGCACCUUGUUGGACGUUAUCAGAUAGAAAAGAAGACGGUGGAUUUCAUCCCGAUCAUUGUAUUCUCGUAAUCAUUUUACAACCCCCUAUAAAAAUUGUAUUAAUACAGAAACUGCAGUCGCCCAUGAUACUUUGGUCAAGUGUUGCAUAUUUGGUUUAGCUGUCAUUGUGCCAAAUGUCUAUGGGCCCGAAACGCCUCUAAAAUGCGUAACCAUCCAUGGUUCGUGAAACAAAGCUUCUUCUUGGCUUAGUGGGGUGGUUAAGCCACCACAGACGGGAUCCCCUUUACGGAGAAGAUUGAAAGGACUACCCCCAACCCCCCCCCCUCACAAUUCACCCUGGCGCGCCCUAUGGUUAGCGAUCAUUGGAUGGACAAGACCACAACCGAUACUUCUUCCUUCCUCAAUAACCUGAAAUACUAGCACGACCAGCAACCAAGCCAGGGGCGAAACGACCAUAAUUUGGAGCGAAACGACCGGGGACGAAGGUCAGGAAGCCAGACGACCAGAUACCCUUAAGUUUCCUUGAGCAGGUAUAUCGCGGUGCGUUUACUUUUGCAACACAAUAGAAACAAUGUGGUGGAGGGGUUCAAUCGGAUAAUAAUAAUAAAUGCGGGCCUUAUACGCCCCUCAAAAUGAA